AUGGACCUCGGCUUGCUUUUCCCGAAGUUGCACCCGGCUUUAGUGGUUCUGCUGCUCUUGGUUCUGCUUNACAUGUCCAGCGGCAAUGAUGAAAUCCUGGAUUACGAAGCUGAGGGCGAGGCUUCCACCGCAGAGCAAUUUCCAGCGGCCGGUGCGGGAGACGAGAGCCGCCUCAUGCCCGUCGUGUUCACCGUCGAUAAUUUGCUGGCCAACAUCGCCACGGCAGAUCCGGCGCGGAGGAGCGUGAGGCUGCUCGAGCUGCUGCUGCGAGGAAGCAGGAGGGGGAGCGUGCGGCUGCUCUGGCGGAGCGUGAGGCAUAUCUCCAAGCUGCUAGGGCGAAGCAGGGGGCGCUCCGAUCGCGGCUGGAGGACCUGGAGCCCCGCCACCAGGACCCGCGAGCAGCAGCUUUGCAUUCCCCCUACCCCCGUCGUCGCGGAGGAGCGUGAGGCUGCUCGAGCUGCUGCUGCGAGGAAGCAGGAGGGGGAGCGUGCGGCUGCUCUGGCGGAGCGUGAGGCAUAUCUCCAAGCUGCUAGGGCGAAGCAGGGGGCGCUCCGAUCGCGGCUGGAGGACCUGGAGCCCCGCCACCAGGACCCGCGAGCAGCAGCUUUGCAUUCCCCCUACCCCCGUCGUCGUAUUAUCGUCCCUCCCCCAACACAAUCCCAGGUGCCCCUUGGUUCCCGUAGUACCGCCUCGCCGCACGAGAAGGAGCGUGAGGUGGCGGCUAGUCCGACGAACGGGAAGGAGCGGGAGAGGGCAGCGACUCCGGAGUUUUCGGUGACGUUGGGUCUUCCGGCCGGCGCUGAAGACCGAGCAUCGUUUGCGGCCGCAACCACGGUUUACAAGUUCCAUGUUGGCGAUACAGCGUUCCUGUCCCGCCCGCUGGAGAUGCCUGCAGCAGAAAAAACGUUCCACGAUGUGGACAAACUGGCAGCUCUUUUGCAUGGGCUGGCGCCUCUUCACGCAAUGCACAUGUUUCUGGAGGGAACAAGGAUUACAGUCAGUCGGCGGCUCCUGCGUCUAAGAGCUGAAAGAACCGUUUGGGUGACCAAGAUUCGACGGCCAAGAGCGGGACGGACGACCACCGCCGCUACACCCAGUCUUCGCGGGGGCGCGGCGUCGGAGAUAACACGCGAGGGCAAGCCGUGGGGAACCAGCCUACCAGGUCUUCGCGGGCGAGUCGCCAUCGUCGGAGCAGGAGUCGGAGCGCAGAACGUCAACAGCGCACCAAUCCUCCGUCUAGGCGUGGGCGGAGCCGGAGCGGAGACCGUCGUGGGAGAAACACGCCUUCGUCUAGGCGUAGCGGCAGCCGGAGCCAGAAUCGGAGCGGGGGCAACAGCAGGGCGACUAGCACUGACAGCAGUCGCGGCGAAAAAGGGGGACGGAGGUCAGGCCACGGUGGAAAACCAUCUGCGCAAGGAACCGGCAGGGGCCUCGACGUACGCCUUCUUCAUCCAGAAAUUGGCGGCUGCCUGGGACACUCAAGACGGGCUCGGGGGUUGA